AUGGCUCUCAGAAACUUCACCACCUUGCCCAACAGUAACUUCAUUGGACAGACCAAUCUCCCCGAUGCCUCCCCUCCUAGUGGCACCUCUGUGCCCCCCAGUACGGGCUCUUUGUCGGAUCUUUAUCGAGAACACAAAUUUGAGCGUCAAAAGGGGAAAAUCUACCACCAGGCACUGCGCAAAAUCGAGAUUCAAGAGUGGAUCGACGAUUGGGUCGAUUUGAUCAUCGAUGGCGUUGAGUCUGUCUUUGUGUUCGACUCGGGGCCCAACAGGAACGGUUACAAUGUCCGGUUUUCGCCUGACGUUGAAAUUAUUCCCCAGAUGAGCUGGUACUGUGUUGCCAUGCGACGACUGCAAACAGACCUGCGAAAUCUACAUCGUGAGGUCAUGAAAAUGGAAGCAAUGAAAAAGAAGAAAGUUCGAUUUGCGAAUGACACUUACUUUUAUUGA